AUGUCAGGGUUCGAGCUGCCCGUUUUAAUCGCGGCCGGCAGCGCCGCUGCCAGCGCCGCCAAACCGUACUGCAAAAAACUUGCUGAAAAAAUACAAGAGUUCGUCUUGAAGCGGGCUGAAAAGGAGGUAGACGAGCGCGUCUUCCGCAAGGGCGAGAAAGCCGAGUUCGAGAGCGGGCUCAGAGACCUCGCAGGCCUUCUGGAGAGCGUGGUGUCGAAUCCGGCGGUCGACGACCCAUCUGUCAGGGACAUGCUGGAUGGACUCGGAAAGUCGAUCAAGGUCGCCGCGGACGCGAAAUACACAGAGGGACGCGAAGAUGCGCUAAAAAUUAUUGACCAGCGCAAGAAUAAUUUGAUGCUGGCACUUCUCAACGUGACGUCCGCGAGGGUGCUGACGUCCGCUGGCAGAGAUGGACAGGGCGGAAUUGAAACGCUUUACACGUAUACCGGGAUUCCCCCGAGCAAGAGCGCGUCUUUCCUCGGUGGUGGCGCCUUUGCUACGGUGCACACGAUGCGAAAUGCGGGCGACAAGCUGAUCUACGCGGUGAAGCUGACCAUGAUUAAGGGGGCAACGCAGAAGGGCAUUACCGUGGAGAAGCUCCGGGAGGAGGCCGUGCGGCUUCACUCGCUGAACCAUUUUAACAUCGUCCGCUACUACGCGGCCUUCACCUUCAAGGACGACUUCGACUACUUCGCGAUAGUAAUGGAGCACUUGACCGGUGGCUCGCUGCUAGAUCGUCUAGAGAAGACCACCGGCGCGCUCACGAGCGACGAGGCCCCCGACACCGCGAAAUGGGCUCGCCAGGUCGCGUCGGCCCUCGCGCACAUGCACGCGCAACGAAUGCAGCACCGCGACCUCAAGCCCGACAACGUGCUCUUCAAUGGGGCCGGCGACGCGAAAGUCAUCGACCUCGGGCUCGCUAUUGUUCUCAAGAAGAAGUCUAGGGUGUCGUCUAGGGGCGGCGCCAACGCCGUCGGCGCGCUGCUCUACCAGUCGCCGGAGAAAGCGCGCGGCGGCGCUUACGACGAGAAGGAUGACGUCUGGGCCCUGGGUUGCAUGCUCGCGGGAGCGGUGACGGGCCGGUCGCUCGAGGCACGCGAUGACAAAGGGGCCGGCCUCCUCUCAAAGGACGAAACCAAAGUAAAGGAGCUAGUCCGCGAAUCUAAAAGAGUGUCGCCCAAAUUCGGCGGCCUCGUCGCCGAGAUGCUCAAGUGGAAUCCGAGGGCGCGGCCCACGGCCGCAAGCGUUGAAGAGUCGCUCCGGCUCGGGAAGCCGCUUUCGCCCGACGAUGUUACGGUCGAGGAGACGCGCGACACGCCCAAGUCGACGAAUAGCAUCGUUAAGCGAAUCUUUGGAUGCUGUCUGGCUGACCAGUCCGCGCUCGCCGAAGCGAAAGCCGGCAAGGAGAAAACGCAGCGCGAGGCGGCGGCGACUGCCGAAGCGAAACGGAGACGCGCUGCCGCCGAAGCCAAGGCCGCCGAGGCGGAACGAAAGCUUCGCGACGCCGAAGCAAAAGCCACCAGGGAAGGACGGCUUCGCGAGGCGGCGGCGGCCGCCGAAGCGGAACGGAGACGCGCUGCCGCCGCCGAGGCCGAGCGGAGGCGCCGCGCCGCCGAAGCGGAGACCAACGAAGAGAAGCGGCAGCGGCUCGUUGCCGAGGCCAGGGCCGCGGAGGCGGAACGAAAGCUUCGCGUCGCCGAAGCGAGGGCCGCCGAGGAGCGGCGGCAACGUGCAGCCGAAGACGAAGCGGAACGGCAACGCCGGGCGAGAGUCAAAGCCGCCAAGGAUGAAGAGGAGAAGCGACAGCGCCGCGCCGAAAAAAUCGACCUGUCCAAGCUCGCCUUAGUGCGGACGCUGGAAGGGCACUCACAUGUCGUGCGUUGCGGCGUCCACUGUACUUUUGUGAUGAUGCGUCUUCGUCGUAGGUCAAUUGCGUUGCGGUCUCUCCGGACGGGCGGCGCGUCGUGUCUGGGUCGACGGACCGCACGCUCAAGGUGUGGGACGUGGCGACGGGGAAAUGCGUGGCGACGCUGAAAGGGCGAUCUAAGAUCGUGCAUUGCGGCGUCCACUGUACUUUUGUGAUAAUCUGUCGUCGUUGCAGGUCCUUGGCGUUGCCGUGUUUCCGGACGGGCGGCGGGUCGUUUCUUGUGAUGGGGGUGGUAAUACGCCAGGAAGGCUCAAGGUGUGGGACCUGGCGACCGGCGAGUGCGUGGCGACGCUGGAAGGGCACUCGCGUUUCGUGCGUUGCGGAGUCCACUGUACUUUUGCGAUGAUGUGUCUUCGUCGUAGGUCCAUAGCGUUGCCGUGUUUCCGGACGGGCGGCGCGUCGUGUCUGGGUCGGACGACGAGACGCUCAAGGUCUGGGACGUCGAGACCGGCGAAUGCCUGGCGACGCUGCAAGGGCACUCGGACAACGUGCGUUGCGGCGUCCACUGUACUUUUGUGAUGAUCUGGCUUCGUCGUAGGUCAAGUGCGUUGCCGUGUUUCCGGACGGGCGGCGCGUCGUGUCUGGGUCGUGGAAAGAGCUCAAGGUCUGGGACGUCGAGACCGGCGAAUGCGUGGCGACGUUGGAAGGGCACUCUGACGGAGUGCGUUGCGGCGUCCGCUGUACUUUUGUGUUGAUUUGUGUUCGUCGUAGGUCUUUGACGUUGCGGUGUUUCCGGACGGGCGGCGCGUCGUGUCUGCGUCGGGCGACGAGACGCUCAAGGUGUGGGACGUGGCGACGGGCGAAUGCCUGGCGACGCUGCAAGGGCACUCGGAUUUUGUGCGUUGCGGCGUCCGCUGUACUUUUGUGAUGAUGUGCCUUCGUCGUAGGUCCGCGGCGUUGCCGUGUUUCCGGACGGGCGGCGCGUCGUGUCUGGGUCGGAGGACGAGACGCUGAAGGUCUGGGACGUCGAGACCGGCAAAUGCGUGGCGACGCUGGAAGGGCACUCGUUGGACGUACGUUGCGGCGUCCGCUGUACUUUUGUGAUGAUCUGGCUUCGGCGUAGGUCUAUGGCGUUGCCGUGUUUCCGGACGGGCGGCGCCUCGUGUCUGCGUCGCGCGACAGCACGCUCAAGCUGUUCGCGUGCUAGGGCUCUAACUUCUAGUUGAGGCCACUCGCCAUCGCCGCAGACACUCAGGCUCGAAACAUAGACUUAG